AUAAAAAUGUUUGACUCUGAUACAAAUGUAAUUAUUAUCAAUACGAAUGGUAAAAAAUAUGGAAUAUUAACUGUUCAAGUUGGACAUGACGAUUGUGUAAGUUACUAACAGAUUCUGACGGAAAAGACACGAUAUUUACUCGUAUUUAUAUUUUGUAGGAAACCUUUCAAAUAACAACAUUGAGAGGUGAUAUUAGACGAGAUGGUCGUUCUAUUACUGUAGAAUUUACAAAUGAUUGGAAAGUUGAUUGUAGUCAUCGUGAUCUGACAAUAAAUAGUUUAUCGAUGAAUUUCAAUGGAAUUAUAUAUGAUUAUUGUAAUGGUGUUCACGAUUUGAACGAUAAACGAGUAAAAUUUAUCGGUGAACCAAAUUUAAGAAUUCAAGAAGAUCCCAUUCGAGCUCUAAGAUAUUUUAGAUUUUUUGGUCGUCUCGCUGAAAAUCCUCAUGUUCAUGAUGCUGAAACAUUGGAAGCUAUUCGGAAAUAUAGUUCUGGACUAAAAGAUGUUCCUGGUGAAAAAUUAUGGAUUGAAUUGCGUCAGAUUGCCGAAGAUCGUUUCGCUGGUCCGAUCAUCAACGUAAUGUUACAACAAAAUAUUGGAUCUUACUUGGGUUUACCAUCAGUUUCAUCACAAUUAUUUGAACUUGAAAACAGAUGGUUAAGAAUGCGUAAUCAUCAUCCAAAUGCAUUGACAGUAUUAGCCACACUUUUCGAUAAUCUUACCGAGCUGGAUAUAUUUGGUAAAAGAAUGCGUUUCUCUAAUCAAUAUAAACGUUCCGGUCAAUUUUUAAUUAUGUAUCGUAAUAAAAUUCAUCCAAUAUUUGAUAGUGAUGAUUGUUUAAAACCUUAUAAGGAUUUAUGUGUUGAUUUAUCAGAUAUCGACGAUUCAUCAAUUAAAGAAAGAAUAAUUGAAUUACUAAAAUAUCAGGGAUACAUUUAUCUUAUUGAUGAGAUGAAACAAUGGCAAAUGCCUAUUUUUCCUAUUACAUCAGUUGUACUUCAAAGAAAUGGUUUAACAAGACGAUGUAAAUUCAAUAUGAUUAUAAAUCAAUUAAAAAAAAUAUGGAAAGAAUCAAAUUACUUAAAAACGGAAGAUAACUUAAUUAAUGAAGGUUUUCAACAAGGUUUAUUAUAUUUGUGA